AACUUGUGGACACGAGAACGCCUGUGCGUACGUGCAUUCUUUCCGUAAAUUUUGUGCAUGCCUUUGUAUUCAGAUACGUCUGCGAUUGUACACGAUGAAAGAGGCAUUGUGGGGACAAACACAUUCGACGUGUAGACGGUUUAUGUAGAUCUGUCAACAUCAGAAUGGAGAAGAUUAUAUAACCGUCAUUUUUUGACCUCACAUCUUCAGUAUAUGUUGAGGAUAUUUUGAGGCCCGUCAGUUCUGCUAGUCAGUAUUCUUAGUAUUGACAAUGCCUCAAACACGCGCUUUCGGACUGUCAGUACACAGACGGCUGACAAUAUUAUCAAACGUACGAGGUGCCCUGUGUCAUUAUUACCAAUUUCUUUAUAUUCUUUGUUGUAUUCUCUAAAGGUUGUACGGAGUCACAUCUAUAGCCUCAUGGUCUUUGUAUACUUGUGUCAGCCAAUGAGAGGUCUCCGCGGUAGGAAAUGAUCAAUGAAUGCGUUUAUUUCGUGAAAAGACGUAGCCCGUGGUUGGUUCCCUAAUUCCAAGUUGUGUGUUUACGCUCUCUACCGACCAAUCACAACACCGAUUACAAAAAAGUGUGUGUACGACGCCAUUGCAGUAGUGCUGCAUUUAAGAUUUGUUGCGUUUAUUCUAGGAAAAACUUGUGCGAAAUUCCCUCGACCGUAUUUGUUUUGAAGUGAAAAUGAGUGAACUGAUGGAUCCUGGGAAAAUGAAAGUGGUAGAACUGAGGGCAGAGUUGGCUGCCCGGGGGUUAGACACAAAGGGUGUGAAGGCAGUGCUAGUCGACAGGUUGAAAGACGCUUUGCGCCAAGAGACUGGACAAGAGAUUCCAGACACAUCAAUUGCUGACACAUCAACAGAAGAGGCAGGUGACAUUUCUUGCUCAGAAACACAAGAAGAAAAGCAAGAAAAUGAAAAUGAAGAUGCUGAAAUGCAAGAGGAAUCUGUAAAUACUGAACAGAAUACAAAAAGUCAAGCAGAACCACAGGUAGUAGAAGUCAAGGAAGAAUUGCAAAGCAGUGCAGAUAUGGCAAACAUUAAGACAGAGAAGAACCCUUUGGAGGCUGAUGUUAAAGAUAGCAAAAAUAUUCCAAAGGUGGAUGUGAAAGAGGAACACCCAGAAGUGAAGAAAGAAGAUACUACCACAGAUAUUAAACCUGAGGUGAAGUCACAAAAUACUGAUGAUAAGAAAGUGGAGGAAAGGAGAGAUUCUUAUAACAAUAAGGGCAGUGAAGACAAACGUGGUGAGAAGCGUAAACAUUCUCCAAGUCCACACAGAAGGGGAGGGUUCGCUGCAGGUGGUCCACAGCGUAGAGAUGAUGAACCGGAGUAUGAUGAAAAUGCUGUGCUCCUUAGUUGGUAUGAUUCUGACUUGAAUAUUGUCAUAGACAAGGAAAAUUUCACAAUUGCCACACCCAUGCAUGAACAAGGUUUUGGUUAUAUCUGGGCUGGAGCGAGAGCCUCAUAUGGCUUUACAUCAGGGAAAGUGUGUUACGAAGUCAAGUUACUGGAAAAUUGCCCUGUGUCAAAUUUGGAAGAUGAGCCAAAUCCACAUGUUUUAAGAGUUGGUUGGUCUGUUGAACAGUCAUCUACUCAGCUUGGUGAGGAACCAUUGUCAUAUGGAUAUGGAGGCACAGGGAAAGCAUCUACUGAUUGUAAAUUCAAGGACUAUGGAAGACCUUUUGUUGUUGGAGAUGUUGUAGGAGCUUACUUGGAUUUGGACAGUGAACCAAUAAUCAUGUCAUUUACCCUGAAUGGAGAAUCUCAAGGAGUUGCAUAUGAGAUUGCACGGUCAGAGUUGAAAGGCCAAGCACUUUUUCCACAUGUUUUGACGAAAAACGUGAAGUUUGAAUGUAAUUUUGGACAUAAAGACAUGUGGUUUCCACCACUAAAUGGUUAUGUGCCUGUUGCAAAAAUCCCUCUUCAAAAAAGGAUAGCUGGUUCAAAACGUCCAGAGAGGAGAGAGGACUGUGAGAUGAUAAUGAUGUGUGGUCUUCCCGGUUGCGGUAAAACGACAUGGGCAAAUGAGUGGUAUAUGAAACACCCAGACAAGAAAUACAAUGUGUUAGGCACCAACAACUUGAUUGAUAAGAUGAAGGUAAUGGGUCUGCCGAGGAGGAGAAACUAUGCUGGACGAUGGGACGUUCUUAUUGAUAACAGCACAAAGUGUCUCAAUAAGCUACUGGAAGUUGCUUCACGACGGAGGAGGAAUUACAUACUUGAUCAGACCAAUGUAUAUCCAUCAGCCCAAAGACGCAAAAUGAGGGGUUUUGAGGGCUUCGUACGCCGAGCGGUAGUAAUUGUACCAACAGAUGAAGAGUUCAAGAGACGCAUAGCUCAGCGUGAGAAGCUGGAAGGCAAAGAUGUUCCUGAUUCAGCUGUUCUUGAGAUGAAAGCCAACUUUAUGCUGCCAGAGGUUGGAGACAUCUUCACUGAAGUGAUUUACACUGAGCUUAAUGAAGCAGAGUCUCGAACAUUAGUAAGCCAGUAUAACAGAGAAGGCAGAGAUGCUGGAUAUGGCCAGCAAAAUAAGCGACCACGAUUUGAUAAUAGAGAUAAUCGUGAUAACCGUGACAACCGGGAUAAUCGUGACAACAGAGAUGGUGGUUAUCAUAGAGAUAACAGGGAAAGGUCAUCGUCCUAUUCGUCUUCAUACUCAUCGCAGUCAUAUCGUGGAGGAUUCAGACCAAGAGGUGGCCCAGACAACAGGCAGCGUAGCAGUAGUUGGCAGCCAAGAGGUGGUGGCAGUGGUGGUGGUGGCGGCGGCGGUGGUGGCUGGAGAGACAGGCAGCAACAUUCUGGAGGCUACCGUAGUGGAGGUGGAGGAAGUACUGGUAGCAGUCAUGGUGGUAGUAGCUGGAGAGGUGGUGGCGGCGGUGGCGGAAGCGGUGGUAGCAGUCAUGGUGGUGGCAGAGGUGGUAGAAGUGAUUCAGGACGUGGUGGCUAUGACCGUAAUCGUCCAAGUGGGAAUCAGAACCGCAGCCAGAGUUCUGGCGGCAAAGGAGGUUGGGGGAAUUACAACCAAGGAAGUGGGGCCACUACUAGUAAUGUAAGCAGCAGUGGCAGCUCAGGUGGAGGCUGGGGCCAGAAUUAUAAUCAGCAAAGCUGGGGACAACAAAACACCCAGCAGAGCUGGAAAGGUUAUGGGCAGCAGCAACAGCAACCACAUCACCAGCAACAGCAGUCACAACAGCAGCAUCAACAACAGCCGCCACAACAGCAGCAGUCAGGAUACGGUCAACAAAGCUAUUCACAGCAGGGUUAUGGAAGCACUACACCAUACAAUUGGAAUCAACAACAGUACUAUAAUCAAGGUUAUGGUUCCAGCAAUCAAGGAUGGGGACAGGCGAAUACAGACUCCUAUGGUGGUCCUGCUCAGCAGCAAGGGACAUGGCAGGGAUAUGGACAGGGUUACAAUUAUGGAUCCAGUCAGCAUGUAGCACCUGGUGGGGGCUACCCUAAGUAAAUGUCAUAUUCAAAAUGAAAUCAGUUUUUUAGAUGUGAGCAGGAGACAAGUGUUACAAAGGAGACUUGACACUAGAUACACAAGUACACAGUGUUAAAGCAUUUUUGAUUUUGAGGUAUGACAGACAGUGCUUCAUAGCUCAGUAGUUUUAAGAGUACAUGUAAAACUGAAAAAAAGUAUUUUCUGACAGUAAGCUCUUGUAGUUCAUUAUUGUAUUUUGUGUUACAAUGAAAUUAUCAGAUUUAUGUGAAAGUGAGAAAAGAAUAAAUGUACGUAUAAUUACCAUGACCAUUA